AUACCUCAUUCAGAGGACGCACCCCAACACUACUCACGAUUAAACAGAAAUGAGGUAUACUAUAGCUUUAAGAAAAAAAUACUACUGAUAUUUCUAAAAUUGUAUGUGUCAUGAAACAGAACGUUAAAAAAAAAAAAAGCUAUUUAAUGAAUUAUUAUGUAAAUAAUGGUAAAAAAAAAAAAAUUGUUUUUUUGACCGGUGACCAAGCUAACACAGCUGGGUCCGGUUUGGGCCUUGUGCGGUGAGCCUUCAUUGUCAGCGUCCAUGAGUAACUAGGCUUAACUAAUAACUAAACUCUAUAAAGGCUAUACGAGUGAAAUGGAGUCUGGGAAAGACGAGGUUUUAGUCACUAGUCCUGGAACACGGACAACUGCGGAGUCGACAGCGGCCUCAAAACCAUCCACGGACUCGACUGAACGGUCCUGCGGGAGAGGAGGAGGUAAAAGUCGGAUAAGAACGGCCGUGACCCCGCCGGACUUCGGUGACACUUGUUCUGGUUUUGUGCGUAUUUUACGGUCAAGACGAGCUGGAGUUGGUGACACCUGUGAGUCCCGAAAUAUCACAUGCAAGAAAAAAAUGAGCAGUCUGCGCGAUGCAUGCGGGCGACCUGUGGGAUCACGCACCAAAAACACACCUGUCAUUCGAACUGCAGUAAAGAAACCUGCAGCCUGUGAGGCAUCCACUAAAACACUUGGACCAAAGCUUUCCAAAACCAUGAAGUGUGGGGGGAAACCUUCAGCCAGGGUGUCACACACAUUACCGGCAGCCACAUGCAAGCCUGAAGCAGAGUCAGGGGCUUUCUUAUGUGGGGAGGACACUGGUUCUGUGAAGGGAAGUGGUGGCAGCGUUGCAGAUCCAGACAUGGCUUUCAAGGGGGACCCUCCAUUAAGAGAUGACCCAUAUGACCUCGUCAAAACUGAGACAAAGACGAAAAAAUCAACUCUGUGCACAGCAUCACAACUAAAGGAGUUCAAGAAAGAAGAGUCAGAGAAAGAUGAAGAAGAAUGUGACAUUAAAAAGGAAGAAGCCACCAGAAAUGUGAAGCAAGGAGGAGAUGGAGUGACAGUUCAGGGGCCACGCCCAAUUAAAAAGCGAGUUAAACAAGAUGAUAAAUCCCCCCGGCAGCCAAAACGAAGGAAAAAGCCACCAGUGCAGUACGUUCGCUGUGAAAUUGAGGGCUGCGGUACUGUCUUGGCCCACCCACGCUAUCUACAGCAUCAUAUAAAAUACCAGCACUUGCUAAAAAAGAAGUACGUGUGUGAUCACCCCUCGUGUGGGCGCUUGUUUCGCCUGCAGAAGCAGCUGCUACGCCACGCCAAACAUCACACAGAUCAGAGGGACUACAUCUGUGAGUAUUGUGCUCGGGCCUUCAAGAGCUCCCAUAAUCUGGCUGUCCACAGGAUGAUUCACACAGGAGAGAAGCCGAUACAGUGUGAGAUCUGUGGCUUCACCUGCCGUCAGAAGGCAUCCUUGAACUGGCACAUGAAGAAGCAUGAUGCUGAAGCAUCUUACCAGUUCUCUUGCUCAAUUUGUGGCAAAAAGUUUGAGAAAAAAGACUCCAUUGUUGCCCAUAAAGCCAAAACCCACCCUGAGGUGCUCAUAGCUGAAGCCUUAGCAGCUAAUGGGGGUGAAGUAAUAAGCACGCCCACCCCUGUCCUUGAAAUUCCUCCAGCUGUCACCCAGCCCGAGCAGCCUUCAGUCAGCCAGGAGAGUUGCUCUGUAAUAAGCAUUACCACCCCAGUCCUCGAGGCAGUUCCAAUAGUUGCUAAUCCUGUGCAGCCUUCUGUUAGUCAACAGAGCCAAGAGGACCAAGAAAGUCAGGAGAGCCAGGAAACAACAAGCAGUGGACUCACUCCGCUGCAGCAGGUGGUGCUCCCAUUUGCUCCACAGACUCAGCUAGAUGUAUCUCAAGGGCAGUUCCUUGAACUGCCUCACGUGGUGCAGGUGUCGCAUCAUCAGCAAGCCCCGACCUUGAUGCACCUCACUGCUACUUCUCCUGUCCACCUCUCCAGCACCAGCUACCCUCAGCUCAUCCAGCUCUCCACCCUUCCUGUUAGCACGGUCGCAUCCGUGGCCUGUGUGGAACCCCAGAGCACCUUCCUCACCCUGAGCUCCGUCACCACUCUGGCCUCUAAAGCAUCCAGGGCUCCCCAGCAGGCCAUGCACUGGGGGAGGGAGGGUGUCGAGGAUCCACAAAUUUCAGGGGAGAGUGAGCUGUGGGACAGGGUGGUGGUGGGAGGGGACCGACAGGAUGUAGGGGAAAUAAUGUGGGGGGGUAAUGGGGAGCGGAGGAAGGAAAAUGAAGGCAUUGUGUGGGAGAGGGAGGGAGAGCAACAGAUUCUGUCUCAGUGUGCUGAUGUACGUGGAGAUAGUUUGACCUAGAUGGAAGGACGCAGAAUGAAGGACAACUUUAUGUAAAGAAAACGCACAUGAGAAAGAAGGCUUUAAUUUCUAGAAAGGACAAAAAUACUGAAGAACUUGAAAUACAUACAGUAGAGAUAUUUAAAAUAAUUGAAGCUGUCUUUGUGAGCGCUAUAACACUUUCAGUACAUACACUAUGAUGCCAAAAGUAUUCACUCAUCCAUCCAAAUCAUUGAAUUCAGGUGUUCCAAUCACUUCCAUGGCCACAUAUGUAUCAAAUUAAGCACCUAGGCAUGAAGGCUGCUUCUACAAACAUUUGUGAAAGAAUGGGUCGCUCUCAGGAGCUCAGUGAAUUCCAGUGUGGUUCUGUGAUAGGAUGUCACCAGUCCAACAAGUCCACUCAUGAAAUUUUCUCACUACUCAAUAUUCCACAGUCAACUGUUAGUGGUAUUAUAACAAAGUGGAAGUGAUUGGGAACAACAGCAACUUGGUCAUGAAGCGGUUUCCAUGUAAAAUCACAGAGCAGGGUCAGCGA